AUGAGCUCAUUGUUCGGAGGUGGUGGCCUCGGUGGUCUUGGGGCCACAACAACCCCCCAGACCUCCGGCCUUUUCGGGUCUACCAAUACCAAUACAACCAGUGCCUUUGGCACUAUGCCAGCUGCGACGACCCAACCUGCUCAGCCUUCUUCCUUGUUUGGCCAAACUCAAGGUCAGCAGCAGCAACAGCAACAACAGCCGCCCGCUCAAUCCUCCCUCUUAGGAUUGGGACAGACCCAACAAGCAAACAAGAAUCCUCAAGAGCAAGCGCAAAUCUCAAACCAAUCAACCAAGCCAGCAUUCUUCAACAGCCUUCUGGAGCGCGGCAAAAAGCGACCAAUGUCGACCCACGGUCAAAAUGGAAACUUUGAGGAUGUGCCUAGUCUCCAACUGGGCCUAGAUGAUAUCCGCAGAAAGGCACGAGAGCUUGGUACACUGGGGGGCAAGGAUGCUCAACAGAAUGGCACGACGACAAAGGCUCAUUACCUUCUUGCGUCUUCUGGCAUCACACCUGGUCGGACACUCAGAGACCUCCGUUCUCUAGACCCCCAGGCAUCGCUCGCUGCGACUAGAGAACCCGACACCUUCGACCCAGACAACCAAAGAUACCUGAGGAAUGUUCAACAGCGUGGUCGGCAGGUGAUGAUUGCCGAGAGCUUGUCACGGGCCCAGAAGGAUUUCGAUUCCUUCUUGGAAGAGAAGGUGGACAUGGACUGGGAGGAGCAGCGGCAGAACAUUUUUCAACACUUUGGACUUGCCCAAAAGGACAGCCCCAACGGCGCGAGCUUGAAACCCACAAUGCGGAGCGGUGCCUUUGGCCGAUCUGCUAGGCAAUCCAAGCAAGCCGGCCCCGCUGCAUCCAGAAGAAGUGUGUUCGGACGUUCCGGCCUUGACAAGUCUGUUAUCGGAACCCCUGGUGCCGGCCUCACAAAUCGCCAGCUGUUCGAGGACCCUGCAGAGCGAAAUGAGGGACCUUCUGCGCCGUCUCCAGAUAUGCGGUUCUUGCGAGAGAAAAUGGGUCAUUAUGCCGAAAAGGUUCAAGAGUUGAAUGUUGUUAGGCUUCAAGGACGAACAUACCCAGUGUUUCACCACUUUUCUGAAGUUGAAAUGCAAACCGGUGGUGAUGCCCCUCGACAACUGUAUGAUGCCUAUCAGGCUUUGAUUAGCAUUGUUCACGAGAAUCCUAGUAUUACCAGUCCAUCGAAUCCUGGUGCACUGAGAGAACGUCACUACGCUGCAGACUACUUAGAGGAAUCAAGCAAGUCCCGCAGAGCCAUCGAUCUCAAGAAACGAAUCCUGGAAGGGUCUAGGGGAUUUUUGGAGCGAGCGUUCUACAAUGAGGUGGAAAACAUCAUCACCAAAAAUCCGCGCGAGGCUCAAUUGGGUGGUAUCCCAACUGUGAUCAACAAGAUUCGAGCAUAUAUCCGCCUGCGUGCUGCCAGGAAAGACCUGGCACCCGAUGGAACUGAACUACAGAUGAAUGGUUCAGACUACUGCUGGAUUUUGAUCUUCUAUCUUCUGCGGUGCGGUUUUGUGACCGAGGCGGCUGAAUAUGUCAGUCAAGACACUGGUUUCCGGACUUUGGAUCAUAAGUUCGUGACUUAUAUGACCACGUACGCUCAAGAUUUGCGCCUCAAUCGAGACUUAACACAGAAAAUCAACGGGGAGUACCAGCAGCGAUCGCGAAAUGCCCCUGACAAUACUGUUGAUCCCUACCGGAUGGCAUGUUAUAAGAUCAUUGGUCGUUGUGAUCUUUCCAAACGUCGAUUGGAUAACGUGAAUCAGACUGUUGAGGACUGGAUGUGGCUGCAAUUCACUCUCGCCAGAGAGGACGAUCGAUCCGAGGAACCGGCAGGUGACGUCUUUGGCCUGGAAGACAUUCAGACAGAUAUCACGGAGAUUGGUCAACGAGUUUUUACUAAGGGCCAGGAAGCCCCUGGUGGCUAUGGAACAUUCUUCCUUCUCCAAAUCCUGGGAGGCAUGUUUGAGCAGGCUGUGGCUUACUUGGGCACUUAUUCACCCGUCACCGCCGUGCACUUUGCCAUCGCAUUGGCGUACUACGGCCUUCUGCGCGUCUCUGAUUUCUAUACAUCCGGAGAAGAAAUUCUGUCUUUCACUGUGAAACAGUACCCGCAGAUUAACUUCGGAUAUCUUAUCACUCAAUACACCCGGGAAUUCCGGACUGGGUACGUCGAGGCUGCUAUCGAUUACUUUUCCUUGAUUUGUCUCAACGCAGACCUUCCGGGUUCUCUCGGAAAAUCCCAGGCAGCGGUCUGUCAUGAGGCCUUGCGCGAGUUUAUUCUUGAGACAAGGGAUUUCGCCAAGUUGCUGGGUGAUAUCCGGGCCGACGGGACAAGGAUCACAGGUAUUAUUGAGCAGCGUCUCGAAUUGAUUAAACUUACGGACCAGGAGGACUUCCUGAAAAACAUUACCGUGCAAGCCGCAGGCGUGGCAGAUGACAAGGGUCUGAUCAAUGAUGCCGUUCUCCUUUACCACUUGGCCGAGAAUUACGAUCGUGUGAUCGAUAUCAUCAAUCGUGCUUUGUCAGAAUCAAUUGCCGUUGAACUGGGCGGUGUUAUCCCCAAGUUGCAGCCUCUUCGUCCAAGAGUCGACCAGACCCAAGGCAGCCAGUCCACCAACCAGUCAGAAGCUUCAGCCCCUGGAAGCAGUCUGAGCCUGACCACUGUCGAUGACCCGGUGAUUCUUGGCAAGAACAUGAUGGUUCUCUACAACUCCAAGCCGAUGUAUUAUGAUAAGAUUCGCCCGGUCAACCGGGAUGCGUGUAAUCUCCUUCUCUGCAUGAUGGAAGCGAAGAUUGAAGUGGAAGCUGGGAGAUGGGCCCCGGCCCUUGAUGCCAUCGACACGCUCAGCAUUCUUCCAUUGCAAGCUCGAGGCUCUAUGCAGUUUAUUCGGGCAUCAGCCCAGUCCUUCUCAGCUCUGCCAGAGAUCAUCUCCCGGAACAUUGGUCAUGUCAUUAUGUGGUGCAUUGCAUGCAUUGGCCAAGAACGCCACCGGCAAACCUCGGGCCCCUAUGAGACCGACAUGCACCAGGGAUUUGCAGACCAGCUUCUUGGCAUGGCCAAGGAUCUCAUGAUCUUCUCCGGCAUGGUGAAAUACAAGUUGCCACCCAAGGUCUAUGAGGCAUUGGCUCGAGCUGGAGCUGACAUCGGAGCUUUUUAA